UAGGAUGCAGCCACUGUGAGGAGGUGUUUGGCAUCUUGGGAGAAAAUUUUACUUUUCCAGUAAAAACAGACCAAAAAAUAGGAGAAAUUACUUGGACGAAAAACAAGCAUAAAGUGGCAGAAUGGGAAGGGCAAACCAGCACAACAUAUUUUGAUCCCCUCCAGGACAGAGGCUUGCUCAACAAGGACAAUGGGUGCUUGACUAUAUUUAACUUGGAAAACAAUGAUACUGGCACAUACACAUUACAUAUAGACAUGGAUUCUACACGAGAAAGUUAUGAGUUCACGCUUACUGUGUUAGCUCCCCCUUCAGAACCUGAAAUAAGUUGCAACGUCAGUGGGGAUAACCUUGUGUUAAGAUGUAUAGCAUAUUUUCAGAAGCCUUUGACUUACACAUGGAAUUUCAGUAGCGGAUUAAUCGCUCGUCAGACCCAGGAAGUUUCGGUCCCUAAGAAUGUUGAUGCUUCUGAGAAAGCUGCAUGUUUCAUUAAAUUCUCUCAAACGGAAAAGAGCUCUGUAAUCUCUUUGGCUCAAUGCUUUCCAGCUAAGAAAGCCGUCAAAAAAGAAAAAGGUGGUCUUAUUGCAGCUUUUGUUCUCCUCAUUCUCAUUGUAGGAAUACUACUGUUCCUAUACAGAAAAGCCACUUCUUCACAAACUGUUGGUUAUGAGAAUGAAGAGCCUGGAGCAG